GGUAAUGAACUGCCCAAUCAGCCGUUCCGUCUCAACUGGUCUUGGAUCUCAUUGGAGCGCGAGUACUACGAGGUGAAUGAGACUGAUAGGACUCUGGAGCUCAAACUCAUCAGGCGUGGAUACCUGGGCGAGACCUCAUUUGUCGGCAUCAAGGCUGUUGAUGGUACCGCCAUCGUCAACGAGGACUUCCGCGGCAAGUCAGCCCGCCAGGUUCAGUUCAACCCGGGUCAGGAGAUGGGCUUCUGGCGCGUGCGCAUCAUCAACGACAAGAGCUACGAGCAGGCCGAGGUCUUUGAGGUCAUCCUGCAUGACGCUGUCAUGGGGGCACUGGAGUACCCCGACCGCGCCCUCAUCAGGAUCCUGGACUCGGAAGAUGAAUCCUUUGUGUUCAUCGAUGCCGAGAGCCCCUACAUCAUCAACGAAGACAUCGGCGAGGUGCUUAUCCCCAUCCGACGAGGCGGUGACCUGUCCGAGGAGAUGAUGGUCCUCUGCUCAACGAUGCCAGGUACAGCCACCGGUGCCGACCCCUCCCCGGUCCACUCUUUCAACGAUUACAUCAGCCGUCUUGAAGACGACAAUGACAACUUCGUCCGCUUCGACAAGGGCGAGGACCUGGCCUACUGCCGCGUGCUGAUCAUCGACGACUCGCUGUACGAGGACGCCGAGGACUUCCAGGUCAAACUGACCAUGCCCAUGGGAGGUCGCGUCGGGGAGCCAGCCCAGCUCAACGUGGUGAUCGCCGCCGAUGCUGCAGAUGAACCAUCCUUCUACUUUGGAGAGGCCGAGUACCGUGUUGACGAGAGUGACGGAUACCUGGAGGUCCAGGUCUGGCGUACCGGCACCGAUCUAUCCAAGAUGGCCAGCGUCACGGUCCGCUCCCGCGCUUCCAACCCGCCCUCUGCCACCGGUGGUGUGGACUAUGCCGGAAUCAGCCGCAACCUUGACUUUGCCCCCGGCGUGACUAUGCAGAACGUGCGCGUCUACAUCAUGGACGAUUUAGGCCAGCCCCUGCUGGAGGGACCCGAGACCUUCGAGCUGGUACUCCGCAUGCCCAUGAACGCCGUCCUCGGUGCCCCGGCCCUGUCUGUGAUCACCAUUAACGACACUAUCUCUGAUUUGCCCAAGGUUGAGUUCCGUGACCUGACCUACGAGAUCAACGAAAAUGACGGCACGGUCACGGCGGUUAUCGUCCGCAGCGGUGACCUGUCCAUCACCAGCACGGUCCGCUGCUACACCCGGCAGGGCUCCGCCCAGGUCAUGAUGGACUUUGACGAGCGGCCCAACAUCGAGUCUUCCAUCGUCACCUUCUUGCCUGGUGAGCGUUCCAAGGAGUGCACAGUCCUGCUGAUGGACGACAACGUGUUUGAGAACGAUGAGCAGUUCCGUCUGGUCCUGGGCAACCCGCGCACGGACUCCGGUCUGCAGGCCAUGGUGGGAGAACAGAACGAGACCACUAUCACCAUCCACGAUGUCGGAGACAGGCCCAUCAUCAAGUUCCCAGAGACCCGCUUCACCGUCAACGAACCAACAAACGAGGACGACAUCAGCACAGUGCGUAUCCCCGUCAUCCGCAUGGGCGAUACCACCCAGGUCUCCAUCGUUCGCGUCUUCACCAAGGACGGCUCGGCCAAGAGUGGCAUCGACUACAACCCGCUCUCCCAACGACUUGAGUUUGGCUCCAACGUGACGGAGUUGUUCGUGGACAUCGAAAUCUUGCCGGACCAGGACAGAAACGAGAUGAGGGAGGCCUUCACCGUUCACCUAACCAUGGACGAGAUGAUGGUGGCUGAAAUCCAGAUGAACAAGGCUCUGGUGUACAUUGAGCAGGAAGGCCAGCAGUCUGGUGUCACCUUCCCCUCCGCACCGGUUGUUGUCUCCCUCCUGGACUACGACACCGUGGAGCUGGCCAGGGACUUCCCACCACGCGGUUACCCCGUUGUCUGCAUCACACCUUGCAACCCCAAGCACCCCGACUACGCCACCACUGGCUCCAUCUGCACCAACGAGGGCGUCAACGACACCUUGACCGAGUUCCGUUGGCUGGUGUCCGCUCCAACGACCGCCGCUGGGGUCACCUACCCACUCAGAGACGUUGAGAGCAACACCUUCUUCACCGACUCCAACAUGAUCACCCUGGACAGCAUCUACUUCGGCCCAGGAUCCCGCGUCCAGUGCGCUGCCCGCGCGGUCAGCAACCAGGGCGACGCAGGCCGUGAGCACAGCAGUCUGCCAGUCACCAUCAGCACAGAGGAGGGCGUCUGCCUGCCACGACUGGCCGAGGCCAUCGGAGCCGAACCCUACACCGCUAAGCUGAAGUACACCGGACCCACGGACCUGGAACACCCCAACAAGCUCAAGCUGAGCAUCACCAUGCCUCAUGUUGACGGUAUGUUGCCGGUCAUCUCCACCCGCCAGCUGUCCAACUUUGAGCUGGCCCUGAGCAAGGACGGCUACCGAGUCGGCACCCACCGCUGCUCCAACCUGCUGGACUACAACGAGAUCCCCACCGAGUACGGCUUCAUCAACAGCGAGACCAAGAACGCCAACGUCAUCGGCCAGUCGCAGCCGUACCAGUUCAGCACCGAGAUGCGGGGCGCCGCCACGCUGCGCUUCUAUCGCAACCUGGACCUGGAGGCCUGUCUGUGGGACUUCACCACCUACUACGACAUGUCGGAGCUGCUGAACGAGUGCGGUGGGCAGAUCGGUACUGAUGGACAGGUCCUAGACUUGGUUCAGUCCUACGUGUCCCUGCGCAUGCCCCUGUACGUCUCCAACGUCUACCACUCUCCGGCCAGCGUCGGCGGAUGGCAGCACUUUGACCAGACCUCCAACCUUCAGCUCACCUUCGUCUACGACACCUCCAUCUUGUGGCAGAACGGCAUCGGGGCUCAGGCCAUCUCGGAUGACACUGUAACAGGUUCCCUGUUCCCGACCAGCAUGCGAAUUGACGAGAACGGCCGCCUGGUGGUCAACUUCCGCACGGACGCCCAGUUCCGUGGUCAGUUUGUCCUGGACCACCCGUCCAUCAGCGCCACCUCCUCGGUCAUCUCCGUGGACCGACCCGACCUGACCUUUACCCUCAACCUAGUCCGGACCGAGCCCACCUUCGCCCAGCCCGAGCAGCUCUGGCAGUUUGUCUCGGAUGUUGCUAUUUCCGACUACAGCGGCAUGUACACCAUCCGCCUCAUCCCUUGCACCACCACGCCCACCCAGGAGUACAGCCUGCCCGUAGUCUGCAACCCCCGCGACAUCAUCAACUUUGACCUCCCGUUGCGAUUCCAGCAGGUCAGCGACCCCGUGCCGGCCGAGUUCAGCCUGAACACGCAGUUCAUGCUGCUGGGCAAGGAGAUGCUGUGGCUGUCCGACGGCUCCAUGGGCUUCGGCGAGGGAACCGAUACUGCUUUUGCUCCUGGUGACACCGUGUUUGGUCGCAUCCACGUCGACCCAGUCCAGAAUCUCGGAGAUGGCUUCAGGCUGAACAUUGAGAAGGUCUUCCUGUGCACCGGUCGCGACGGCUACAUCCCCAAGUACAACCCAAACAACGGGGAGUACGGCUGCGUGGCCGACUCGCCCAACCUCCUCUAUGCCUUCAAGGUCUUGGACCGUGGAGCACCGGACACGAUCACUCCCCGAUUCAGCGGAAUUCCGUUCAACGCUGCCCUGGCCAUUGACGACCCGACUGCCCUGGAUCUGGUCAGGCAGUCUGGAGCUGACGGCUUCAGGAUGAGCAGUGAUCCACUCUUCCAGGUGUCGUCUGGCCGUCAGUGGUACGUGCACUCCAUUUUCACCGUGCGCUCGGCCGAGAACAACAACAUUGGCAAGCGCAGCGUGGAGCACCACAGCUUUGCCGUGGCUCCGGCGGCCAACAGGCAGCGCCGCCAGGCCAUCAGCUCCGUCUCCGGUGACGACAACGACUUGCAGCUCGGAGAAGGCCAGGGCAUCAACAUCAAGUGGCUCGCUCUGAAAUCCAACGAUCUGUCGACCAACGAUAUUGACGACAUCAAUGUAGGGGGCAAAUCGAACAGCGGUAAGAACCCUACCCCUGGCGAAGGCGGAUUCCCCGUGGUGCCCAUCGUGGCCACCGUCGCGGUCCUAAUCGUGCUGCUCGUGGUCGUGAUCGUAGUCCUGGUCGCCCGUCGUCGGCGCUCUGAACCCAAACCGGUGAUUGUCGCGGCCGGUAAUGGUGCCACCAAAGUUGUAGCCAACGGCUCCUACAUGGACGACAACACAGAAGUGUGAUGUGGUGUUGAUGUUUCAAAAAAAUCAACAAGCAUUAUCAUGCUGCUGUAGCACAUUUUUUUUUUUCCCUUUUUUUUUUUUUUAAACUAUAUUUCUGUCUGUCUUUUUUAAAACUGUGACGCUUUUAGUCCUGGCUCCCAUGCUGUUAAAAUUAAUUUAUAUUUGUGUAUGAAGUUGUUACAUUUUGAGAGCCAAUUUUUUUUCUCGCAAUUUUUUUUGUUUUGGCAAGUUUUUUUUUUAAUAUCCUAGGCUAAGAAGGGAGAUGAAUUCCCUCUUUUAAGAUUCUGAGGGUAGACGACAGAAAACUUUCAGAAAAAUAAUUUCACUUGGUGCUCUUUGCAGAUUUGUUGUUUGUGUUUGUUGUAUUAAUUAAUGUAAAAUGAAUUUUUAACCCUUGUGAGUUAGCAGUUUUUUAAUGGGCUGUAGGUUUUAUUUUUUAUAUAUUCACACACUUCAUGUGUUUGUUUUCCCCGUUUGUUUUAUUUUUGCUCUAUUUUUGUAUCCCGUAGGCUUUGCUCUUUUUUCCUCUUUUAGGUAGGUGCAAUUGACUUAAUGUUAAUUUUGACCUACACCAGAAAUCAUGUGUCUUCCGAUUGUGGGAUUUUAAAUACGAGACUGUAAUAGUAUUUUUUUGUUAAAAAGUGGUUUUCAAGAACUAUUUUUUUUAUUUGUUAUAUCUGUUUACAUCUGUAUUGGUUUUGUGCUGCGGUGAAAUGGACAGUGCAUUGAACAUUAGAUUUAGAAUAAGCAACGAGUUAUCAUCCAUUUUUUGCUCGUUUCGGAAAUGCUUGAUUGAAAUUAACAAUUUUUAAAUCUCUUAAUUAACCGACUGUAAAACGCAAACGUUUCUGUCAGUUUUUAGAUAAUUCUAGUCCUGCCUGUAUAUUUUCGUUUCCCUGGUAACGCUGCAACCAUCCUGCCCUCUAGUGUCGGGUUGGGAUCCAUUCUCGCCUAUUUAAAUUUCCACUUGUAAAUAGUAAGUAGUGAUCCACAAACCAUAUUCUGUAAUAGGGUGCACGAUUUUUUAAAAGUUGUGGUGGAACAAAAGCAAAACAAAAAUAUGCAAACCAACAAAAUAAAAAAUAGAUGUAAAAAUGAAGGUUUUCCACCUUGUGCGUAUCUCUGCAGUAGUUAUAGUUUAGCACACAGUUAUAUAAAUUAAUCUUUAAUAAUAUUUCCAUAUUUUAAAUAUUUUUUUAAGAGUGGUGAGAGUGAUAUUAUGACACAGCUUCCAGAACCCCACACGCAACUUCAAGUGACCAAUUUGUAAAAGAAAAUAACAUAAUCCUUUAGAAUGUUGUACAAUGUUUCGGACCUGGUCUUCAGAAAUAAUUGAAUGCCAGGUUUGUUUUUUUUCUGAUGAGGCUUCAAUCGUAUUUAUACACUAAAGGGCACUUGCGAUAGCUUUUUUCAAAAACAACAAUCCCUCAGCAAGCCGCUCCGGAUAUUUUGAAGUCCGGUUUCAAAAAAGUCUAGCUCGCCAUUUCUAAACGCAGAUUGCCGUUGCUUGUUGCCUACUAUAUGACCGCUGCAAUCGGACCAAAUUGUACAAAACAGAAUUCGGUAUCCCCGGAAAAAGGGAUCUGCAUGUUAAAAUGCUCAUAAACGUAGAAAAUUCAUACUUUUUAGGGGGGUAAUGAAUUGUGGUGGAAUGCUUGAUAUUGUAAGCUUGUGAAUUAAUAUUACACAACAAUAGUGACUUAACAUUAUCAUAUUAAAACAAGAUUCCUACUACUAACUGAUAAUCGAAGCUCUUGUGUAUCGUAUCACAAAGUUAGUUUUUUUUUUAAUAGUUAUAAAAAGGUAGAAGGGGAAAUAUGUUAAGAAAAAAAGCUUAGUUUCUUUUUUUGGACUAAACAUGGCCUAGAAACAAAAUAAAAAUUGUUUGCUGGUUUGUAUUCCAGGAUGAAAGUCUUCUAGAUCGCUUUUUUUUUUUGAAAAUCUGUCCGAUGGAAAAAAAAGUUUGAACGAUGAGGCGAAUAGUCCCGAAAAGCCACCUUAAGCCUUGGACUUUAGUCGUUAAGUUAUAAAUCUUUUGAUGGUGCUGUAUUAAAAAAAAAAAAAAAUAAAAGAUAUUUUGAGACUCGACUGUUAUUGCCUACUUGAAGUUUUCCCACCAUGAGAAAUAAAAAUCACCCCAAAAUAAUCCUUGCCUCAUGAAAAUGCUCAUAACACACACGCACUCCAAAAAAAAUCAACCAAAUAAUAAUUAUCAUAAGUUACCCAAUAAUGCAGUCAUUUUGGGAUUGGAAUUUUUCCUGGAGUGAUGUUUUGCAAUAUUUAGUCAGUGAUAAAGAUAAUGAAUCGGAGAAAAAAUUAUUCAUUUGCAAUGAGUUGUUUUUGUUAUUUUAAGUGGUGAGAACGUUUCUGUUUUGGUUAUUAUUUUUUUAAUUUGAAAAAAAAAAAAAAACGCUGUUAUUAUCGUUAACUGUAUUUGGUUUUUACAAAAAGCUGGGCGUGAUUUUUUUUGUUUUUUUAACUUGCACGAUUUAUAUUUUGGUUUGUAUCAUUAUUAUUGUUAAAAUCAGUAUGCUGAACGCCCUGUAUUUUCUGUAGUGGAGGACAAGAUAGUUUUGGCCCCUCCGUACUGUUUGUAUGUUACCAUAUUCUCUGGUGAUAGGUAUCUUUAUGACGACGUGUUACUGUACUAGCAUGUACCAUGGGGUUUGCUGCAGUGGGCUUAUUUUUACUCAAUUAAAACAAUAGGGCAUUGCAUUGGCUUGGUGGGAAAAAAAGGA